GAAAAAUCCGGAUUCUUUCACCGUCUCGGCUUUUCAGCUAUCGACUAACUUCGAGUCGUCUCGAUGGCGAAGACGCGGCAGGGGAAGCGAACCCUCGAUUCCUACACGAUCAAGGGCACCAGCAAAUCGAUCACGCCCGGCGACUGCGUGCUGAUGCGAGCGCCGGACUCGUCGAAGCCUCCGUACGUUGCGAAGGUAGAGGGAAUAGAGGCGGGAGCUCGUGGCGGCGUGAGGGUCAGGGUGAGGUGGUACUACCGGCCGGAGGAGUCGAUCGGCGGCCGGCGCCAGUUCCAUGGCGCCAAGGAGGUGUUCUUGUCGGAUCACUAUGACGUGCAGAGCGCCGACACGAUUGAGGGGAAAUGCUCGGUGCACUCCUUCAAGAACUACACUAGGCUCGGUGCGGUCGGGAACGAUGAUUUCUUCUGUCGAUUUGAGUAUAGGUCUGCCACUGGGAGCUUCGUCCCAGAUAGAAUCGCAGUGUUUUGCAAGUGUGAGAUGCCAUACAAUCCUGAUGACCUUAUGAUCCAAUGUGAGAGUUGCCAUGAUUGGUACCAUCCUUCAUGCAUUGAAAUGUCUGUUGAGGAUGCUAAAAAGAUUGAACACUUCUCCUGCCAGAAUUGCUUAGGGGAAGAUGUAAAGGAGAGCAAAAAGUCCCAUACUUCAAAGCAAACAGAAGUGAAGGUGGAUUCGAAACGACAGCGAAGAUGACACGUCGAAUGCCACCUCAUCGAAAUGACUGUACAUACAUAAUCUGUAAGUUUCAGGUGUGUGGCUGAUGCGUCUGCUGCUACUAGUCGCUGGGUUUUGUACACAUAGAUCGUUGUGUUCUCUUGUUGAUGCAUGUAUAUCAGGGAGUCCUUCCAAAGGAACUCUCACCUGAUCAAUGUAUGUUAAACCUGGGCCUGGUCAUAGAAUAUGCACUAAAAGAAGUCCCACUGUUUCCUAAGAAUAAUAAAGUUCAAAAGUGGUUGUGCAAUCUC